UUGGGUGCAGACAUGCUUGGAUACAUUUACAAAUGGGAAUCUGCAUUUCUGGCAGAACACAUCUGCUGCUAAGAUUGCUGACCUGCAAUAAAAACCUGGAAAAAUUAUCAAGGAUGAGCUCCUGUGCCAAAUCAAUGCUUCCAUCUCAGUGGCUGUUCCUGGCAUAUGUGUUAAUGGUGUGCUGUAAAUUGUUGUCCGCAACUAGCCAUCCUCCUCGGGGACCCCCAGGUCUCAACCAAGUUAAGCAAGGGACCUGCGAGGUGGUGGCAGUGCAUCGGUGCUGCAACAAGAACAGGAUUGAAGAGCGGUCACAGACCGUCAAGUGCUCCUGCCUCCCUGGUCAGGUUGCAGGCACAACACACGCACAGCCGUCUUGCGUCGAAGCUGCCAUUGUCAUCCAGAAGUGGUGGUGUCAUAUGAGCCCAUGUCUGGAAGGAGAGGAAUGUAAAGUGCUUCCAGAUUACUCAGGUUGGUCAUGCAGCAGUGGAAACAAAAUUAAAACAACCAAGGUGACACGGUAGCACAAAGUAAACAUGUGUCAAAGUUGGAAUAAUGGGAUUUACAACCAAAUAUCCCGACUGCUGCACAGAGACAUUUACUUGGCAAGGAAAGUGUCAAGUUUGGACUGUCAACUUUUCAAAUUAGCUGGCAAGAACUAGAGCUGUCUUCUUUUUAAUGAUGACAACGCUCUUCAAAACACAACCUUCUUACAAAGAACUGUAAGACAGGAACUGUAAGUCUAACCCUUUCAUGUUCAGGAUGAACAACUGUAAAAGGAAGCCAAAACAUCUACUGGAGUGUAUCAUCUAGGAUUUGAUUUAUGACAUUUAAAUACUGGAACUGGGUUCAUAUAACUUGUGGGAAUAAUUAGAUUAAGAACCAGAAAUAAUUCAGAUGAACAUGAUAGGAAAGGCAAUUGAAUUAAUGUUUAAAUAUUCACAUCAAUAUAUUUUUACGUAGGAUUUAAUAAGAAUUAAAUGAACUCAUGAAGUAAAUCAUUAUGCUCAGUAACUUGUAGCUUCUGCCAAUCUUUAUAUUCUGUUAACAGUCUGUACAACUAUGUUUCUUUCCAUUUGUACAGUGUUAAAGAGUUAAAGAGAGUAGUGAAGAUACUUGUUCUACAAGUAGGUAGUUUUUACAGCAUCAGACACGUCCACUCAUUUAUAAAAUAGCAUUGUAGGUACUGCUCUGUUACGCUCCAUCCAGAAACUGAAAGAAAAUGCAAACAUUGAUUAGAUAUUUCCACCCAACUCGAGGGAUAUUGAGAUCUCAGUUCACACUUUCCAAGUUCUACAUACAUGUGGAAAUUAACAAGCUAAUUGCUCAUUUAGAGUCCAGUGGAGUUGGGCAGCCAAUAAAUGUAAGUAAGUAAAUAAAUAAAAUAAAACUUAUACAUUGCUGUCAUUUUCAAAUGAUGAUGGUCAUGGGCAUAUGUACCCUGGACUUCUGGAAUAUAGAAGUCAAAUAAAAUGAAAAAGAAAACUAUUCUGUUCACAUUUGAAUGUGAAUGUAUUGUAUUUACUGGAAAGGAAGAUUACAUUUCCUUGCCCACCCUCCAAACAUCACCAAAAUAGGAGAGUCAUUUUAGAUUCACUUGGGGUACAGUAAUGAACAAUAUUGUGCAAAUGUACAACAUACAAUAUGCAAAAAAAUCAUUAUAUUAAAGAAAGAUGUUUGCGAAAGCUGUGUAUUAGACAGCAUCACUAACCAAAAUGUAUACAUUUGAAGAAGUGCACCAAAGUUUAUAUAAAUUGUGAUGCAAAUCUGAAAAAAAAAAAUCUCAAUUUCAGCAAACUGAACUUGACAGAUUUGGCCAUCCUUACAGUAUAGUCCACAUGCAAAAUUAAAACCUUUACUCAUGACAGCAUCUAUAAUCUCAUAUGUUAACAGUACUAGAAUGGCAACCUGUAGCCGCACAUCUAGCCCUCUGCACUUCAGAUACAAUAUGACCUUUUAAUUGGAUGUCCAUAUUAAUGUACCGAAAGUAACAGGAAAUUUUUUAGGAUGAGGACAGCCCAUAUAUGUUUUAGUGCUAUAUUAAAGUUGCCUGUGUUGGUGCUUAUCUACAUUUAAUCUGAUUUCUGAUCCUGUGUGCUGAGACAAGGCAAUGUCCUUCCUGGUGCCAGUGAGGCAAAACGGAAAAUCAUAAUUGUAAGACACUGAAUAGCCUCUUGGGACUUUGGAUCAAACUGCCAAUAUUCUACCUAGAAAUAUUAGUGGAAGGAAUCUCUUUUGCUUGGCUUUUGCUUGCUGUUUGCCACUUAUUUAGAAGCAUACUUAUAUCCUAUAAACAAAGUUCUAGGUAGAAGAAAUACCCCCUCUUUCAGUUAGUUGCUAUUUGUAAUAAUUAAACAUCCAGGUCUUUAGUAGACUACAUUUUCUAGUUCACAUGAUUUAUAACAUGUAACUAUAACAUGUAACUAUUUCCUAUCAUUUUAGUUGUAUAUCAUUCCAGGUCCCAUCUUCCCCCAAGUGUUCACUUUGUUUUGAUAUCAGCUUACAUAAAGGAAGUUGAUUUUCAGCCUGUUCCUGAUUUUAUCACUUUACUUUAAAAUACAUUAAAAUAUGUUUAAAUGUAGCAAUCCAUCUCUCUCUCUCUCUCUACAAAUUCACCAUAAGUGACCCAGUAAU